GCCAGAAUCCCAGCUGUUGGGAUUGGAUCGAGCAGAGAUGGUGGAAAGCUUGUCCCUGCUCUUGAGGAGGCACUCAGGCUUGGUUACCGCCACAUCGACACUGCAGCAAAGUAUGGCACCGAGGCACAAGUUGGUGAGGCCAUUGGUAACAGCAACAUUCCUAGGUCCGAAGUAUUCGUCACCACCAAGCUAUGGAACACGCACCACAGGCCCGAAGACACGUUGGGCAUGGAGUAUGUGGAUCUGUACCUCAUGCACUGGCCGUUUUCAAUCGCCUCCGAGACAGAGCAGGACGAGAAUGGCAGCCUGAUAGAUGCCAAGGUUGACUAUGUUGAUACGUACAAAGCGAUGGAGAAACUACUGGAUACCGGCAAGGUCAGGGCAAUUGGGGUCACCUUCCAACGUCUGCUGGACAACACGUCCGUCGUCCCAGCCGUCAACCAACUGGUUGGGUUUUGCAAGUCCAAAGGUAUUGUCAUGACCGCGUAUUCACCGCUAGGGGCAGGUGAUAUCCUCAAUAUUGUCAAUGACCCCUCAGUUAUCGACAUCGCCGCUUCUCUGGACUCCACUCCAGCGCAGGUUCUGUUAGCAUGGGGUGUCAAGCGCGGCAAGGAGCGAAUUGCAAGCAACUUUAAGAGUAUUGACUUGCCCAGCGACGACUUCACCAAGAUCAGUGCCAUUACCCGCCGCGGCCGCUAUGCUGACCCUGCCAAGAUCUGGGGCAGUCAGUUUUCUUGGGUAUUUUCUGAUGGAAACUCCAACAUGUAGCUCGCUAUUGAAAACGGUAGACCUUAUUGAAUGAAUCUAUCGUGGCAGUAAACAAAAUUGAAUAGUGAUCUACUGUGCCUUCUUCUUCUCUGCAGGCCGCUUGUAUGUCGAGCGGAAGAACUGAACAAACAGGUAGAUAAGUGGAAGCAGGUAGGCCGUCAGUAUAUACAGCCACUUUUGCUGGUCAGGUGUCUGGCAGUUGGACAUGCACAUGUAGGCAACGACGAAGCUCUGGCCAAAAAGGAACUGGAAGAUUUGUAGCGAGGUCAGAUACUGCUUGCCCGGCG